AUGCAACGUUCACUGGCCUUAAGUCAGUCUUUCUUCCAUCUAUCUAUUUCUCUCCGUCGCUAUAAUUCGUUUUAUUAUCAGCAAAUUGACGACCAAACUGAGGUUAAAAGAUCAGAAAGAGUAGAGCUUUCUUUCUUUUCCUUUCACUCUCGCUAUAGUUUCUUUACUUUCUUUAUUUUUCCCUUUCAUCACGCUUUCUCUUCUUUUUUCAAUGUUUUCUUCGUUUCCCUCUUUCUUUUUCUCUCGCCUUUAAUUAUCUUUUACUCUCAUCUCACUUUUUUCAAAGCUUUUUUUUUAACGACUUUGUUCCUCUGUUUACAUUUUCUUUCUUUUACACACUUUUCAAUUUCUUUACUUCAUUUUUCUUCCUUUUGUACGUUAUUCUAUUCUUUCUUUCUUUCUUUCUUUCUUUCUUUCUUUUUAUUCAAAGAGGAAAUUGUAUGCUUUAUUCAUUACAUUCAUUCAUUUUUCUUCUUUAUGCACACUUUUCCUUUAUUUCCUUCGUUGUAUUUCUCGUUUCUAAUGGAACAUUUCACUAUCCUUCCUUUCUUAUUUUUUUCUUUCCUUCCUUCAUUUCUUUCUUUCUUUGAGCGAAUGUUUGAUGUUCUCCCCUUUUUUGUUUUAUUCGGCUUGGAGGAAAACAGUAUCUUUUUUCUUUCUUUCUUUCUUUCUUUCUUUCUUUCUUUCUUUCUUUCUUUCUUUCUUUCAGUUUACUUUUCUCUGUUUGAAUCAAUUGUUAACGAUGUGCAGGAAAUCCUGAGUAGUUGUUUAACUCUCGAAGAUUUUUAG